AUGGCGUCCAACUUCUUUUCAGCCAAAGCCCCGUCAAACAAAAACGUCGUAAAACACACAGUGGAUCCUUCUUUGCAGCCAUGGGUGGAGAAAUACCGACCGAAGACAAUAGACGAAGUGUCUGCACAAGAACACACAGUAGCAGUGCUUCAAAAAACAUUGACCUCGACGAAUUUGCCCCAUAUGCUCUUCUAUGGACCACCCGGAACGGGAAAGACUUCAACCAUCCUUGCAUUAGCACGACAGCUCUUUGGACCAGAUAACUUUCGGAAUAGAGUUCUUGAGUUAAACGCGUCCGAUGAGCGUGGAAUUAGCAUUGUACGCGAAAAGAUCAAGAACUUUGCACGCCAGACUCCCCGAGCCCAAGCUGUCGCUUCUGACGGCAAAACGUACCCAUGUCCGCCUUACAAGAUCAUCAUCCUAGAUGAAGCCGAUUCCAUGACGCAAGACGCCCAAGGUGCCCUGCGCCGAAUAAUGGAAAGUUACGCGCGAAUUACACGAUUUUGUCUGGUGUGUAACUACGUCACUAGAAUCAUCGAGCCUCUCGCUUCACGUUGUUCGAAAUUCCGUUUCACGCCCCUCGACUCCGAAUCAUCCUCUCUCCGACUAUCACACAUCGCACAAGCCGAGCAUGUUGACAUCAACCAACCCGUCAUCGACGCCCUCAUCAGCACGUCGAGUGGUGACCUCCGCCGCGCUAUCACCUACCUACAGUCAGCCUCACGGCUUUCUUCCUCAAGCAACCCACCGACACCCAUUCUUCCAGCAGACAUCCAAGAAAUAGCUGGAGUGGUCCCUAACGACGUGAUAAACGAUUUUGCCAUAGUCCUUGGUAUUGAAGCCAAUGCUGGAAUGGACGUAGAUGAAGUACCAAAUCAAAGGCGCAGCGGCUUUGAACCCAUGAGGAAGAAAGUAAAAUUCUUGAUGAGGGAAGGGUAUUCUGCUGCUCAAAUAAUCUCUCAGUUGCAUGAUUUCGUUGUCUUUCAUCCCACUUUGAAUGGCAGGAAGAAAUCGGUUUGUGCUCUUGUCUUUGCAGAGGCGGAUAAGGCACUCUGCGACGGCGCAGACGAAGAACUAUGGGUCCUGGAAGUCGGACUACGUGUGAGCAAGGCGGUCCUGUCAUGA